GUUCAAAACCCCAAUUUUCUGUCUUUUUCGUCAUUCCAAAGAAUUAUUUUGUAAAAAAUGAUGAACAAACGCAAGCCUCUGUCCCAAUCGACGGGCAACAAACAGCCAAACACUCCAACAAACGCAAAAAAGUUCAAAUCCGCCGAGGAUGAAGAAGAAGAAUUCGCGAGUCAAUUCGAAGCAGAACUCGCCUCCAUGGAUCUCGAAAAUGCCGAUAAUCAAGAUUUUGACGCCUUAAUGGGCGAAGGACCUGAAACGCAGAACAAAAACACAAAAUGGUGUCGUCCCGCGGCGCCAGAUUUCGAUCCCGCAAGCGACUCCAUUGUCUUUCAACAACUCGAAAUCGAUCAUUACAUCGGAAAUCCGCUGCCUGGCAUGCCGGGAUGUCAAAUUCCGCCCGCUCCGAUCAUGCGAAUGUAUGGCGUGACGAUGGAAGGGAACUCGGUUUGUUGUCAUGUGCAUGGAUUUGCGCCUUAUUUGUACAUUGGAGCGCCUCGAGGAUUCACUCGCUCACAUUUGUUGCCUUUUAAGAAGGCCUUGAACGAAGCUGUGUUGAAGGACAUGCGCUCGAAUCGCGAAAAUGUGCAGGAAGCGGUGCUCGAUGUCACAAUUGUCGAGAAAAAAUCAAUUUUAGGAUAUCAUGGGGAGGAAAAUUUUCCAUUUAUCAAGAUAACUGUGACACUUCCGAGACUCUUGGCGGCUGUAAAGCGAAUUUUGGAGAAGCAAAUCGUUUAUUCGGAGAUGGAUUUCCAAGAUUGUCGCGCUUAUGAGUCAAAUAUCGACUUUGACAUUCGUUUCAUGGUCGACACGGGCGUCGUUGGAUGCAGUUGGAUCGAAAUCCCAGCAGGACAAUGGCGAAAACGGGUCAAAGGAGGCUCGCCAGCGCCCGAAAGUCGUUGCCAAAUCGAAAUUGAUUGCGGAUUUAAUGCUUUUAUUGCUCACGAACCGGAAGGCGAAUGGUCUAAAGUCGCUCCGAUGCGGAUUUUGAGCUUCGAUAUUGAAUGUGCGGGUCGCAAAGGCAUUUUUCCCGAAGCAAAUCACGAUCCUGUCAUCCAAAUUGCGAAUAUGGUAAUCCGGCAAGGCGAAACGGAGCCAUUUUUGAGAAAUGUGUUCACUUGGAAGACUUGUGCCCCAAUUGUGGGCUCCCAAGUACUCAGUUUCGACAAGGAAGAGCAACUUUUGGAUGCUUGGGCGGAAUUUGUACGCGAAUGUGACCCCGAUAUCUUGACUGGAUACAAUAUUAACAACUUUGAUGUUCCUUAUUUGUUGAACAGAGCGAAACAUUUGAAGGUAAAAAACUUUGAUUUCCUCGGAAGGAUCAAAAAUAUGCGUUCAGUCAUCAAAGAAACUGUUUUGCAAUCCAAACAAAUGGGAAAACGCGAAAAUAAAUCCGUAAAUUUCGAAGGACGAGUUCCGUUUGACUUACUUUUCGUCUUGCUCCGUGACUACAAGUUACGUUCAUACACCCUGAACGCUGUUUCCUUCCAUUUUUUGCACGAACAGAAGGAAGACGUGCAUCACAGCAUCAUUACCGACCUCCAAAAUGGCGAUGAGCAAACCCGGAGACGUCUCGCGAUGUAUUGUCUCAAAGAUGCGUAUCUUCCGCUGCGAUUGCUGAACAAACUGAUGUGCAUCAUUAAUUACAUGGAAAUGGCAAGAGUCACAGGAGUUCCGCUUUCGUGUCUUUUAACGCGGGGACAACAAAUUAAAGUCGUUUCGCAACUUUUGAGGAAAGCGAAGUCAGCGGGAUAUUUGAUGCCGACUUAUGCGGGACAAGGAAGUGAUGAUCAGUAUGAAGGAGCAACAGUUAUUGAGCCGAAACGUGGUUAUUAUGCUGAUCCGAUAUCAACUUUGGAUUUUGCGUCGCUGUAUCCGAGUAUCAUGAUGGCGCACAAUUUGUGUUAUACGACUCUCGUUCAAAAUCCAGCUCAGAUGGGAAAUGUUGGGCUAAAAGAGGAUCAGGUAACUCGUACCCCCGCCAACAACGUUUUCGUCAAAUCCUCCGUUCGCAAAGGUCUUUUACCCGAAAUUUUGGAAUCUCUUCUUGCUGCUCGUAAGCGUGCCAAGACCGAAUUAAAGAACGAAACUGAUCCCUUCAAACGCAGCGUUCUCGAUGGUCGUCAAUUAGCAUUGAAAAUCUCCGCAAAUUCCGUUUACGGCUUCACAGGAGCACAAGUUGGCAAAUUGCCAUGUCUCGAGAUCUCGGGAAGUGUCACAGCUUAUGGACGAACGAUGAUUGAAUUCACCAAAAAUGAAGUUGAGUCUCGUUACACGAUCGAAAAUGGAUACAAAAAUAAUGCUGUCGUAAUUUACGGCGACACUGACUCGGUAAUGGUGAAAUUUGGCGUAAAAACUCUCGAAGAAAGCAUGGAAUUGGGCAAAGAAGCUGCGGAUUACGUCAGUGCGAAAUUUGUGAAACCCAUAAAAUUGGAAUUUGAGAAAGUUUAUUACCCCUAUUUGUUGAUCAACAAGAAGCGAUAUGCCGGUUUGUACUUUACGCGACCCGAUAAAUACGACAAAAUGGAUUGCAAGGGCAUCGAAACGGUUCGUCGUGAUAAUUCGCCGCUCGUAGCGAAAGUUAUGAACACUUGCUUGCAAAAAUUGUUGAUCGAUCGCAAUCCCGAUGGCGCAAUUGAACACGCGAAACAAGUUAUUGGCGACUUACUGAUGAACAAAAUCGACAUUUCCCAACUUGUUAUCACGAAAGAACUCAGCAAAUCCGAUUAUGCCGCGAAACAGGCGCAUGUCGAACUCGCCAACAAAAUGCGCAAACGAGAUGCCGGCACAGCACCGAAACUCGGCGAUCGAGUGCCUUACGUGAUAAUUUCCGCAGCGAAAAAUACCCCGGCAUACGCGAAAGCUGAAGACCCAAUUUACGUUUUGGAAAAUUCAAUUCCGAUCGACACGAAUUAUUAUCUCGAGAAUCAACUUUCGAAGCCGUUGCUGCGGAUUUUUGAACCAAUUUUGGGCGAAAAGGCGGAAUCGAUCUUGUUGAGAGGCGAACACACGCGUCACAGAGCAGUUGUUACGUCGAAAGUUGGAGGUUUGGCGGCAUUUACGAAGAAAAAGGAAACUUGUUUGGGAUGCAAGGCAGUUUUAACGAAGGAUUACGAGAAAAGAGCCGUUUGUCAGUAUUGUGAACCGCGUGAAGUUGUCUUGUAUAGUAAGGAAGUAAAGGCAGCACGAGCGUUGGAAGAGAAAUUUUCACGAUUGUGGACUCAGUGUCAACGUUGUCAAGGCUCGUUGAACGAAGAAGUGCUUUGUACAAGCCGUGACUGCCCAAUCUUCUACAUGCGAACAAAGAUCCGAAUGGAGUUAGAAACUCAAGAAAAGCGUGUUGAACGUUUUGGAUUGCCAGAUUGGUAAAAUCCUCCAAAAAUUUUUGUUUUGUACUGUUAUUUUCUCAAUAAAUUCACUAAAUUAAA